GGCAAUUUAAUGGACGCCGUAGUGAGAUUUUAAAUCAUUACUGCAUGACGACGAACCAAUAUCAAGACAAGCUUCCAAAGUUACCCAUACCUCCUUUGGAAGAGACUUUGCAAAGAUACUUGAAUGCCAUUAAGCCUCUUCAGAGUGAAAAGGACUAUUUGCAAACUUCCACUGUAGUGAGUGAAUUUCUUCAAAAUGAAGGUCCAAAGCUUCAAGAAAAACUUCAAAGUUAUGCUACUGAUAAGUCCAGUUAUAUAGAAGAAUUUUGGUAUGAUUCUUACCUCAAUUAUACCGAUCCGGUAGUUCUUAACUUGAAUCCAUUUUUCGUUUUGGCGGAUGAUCCGACACCGGCAAGAAAUAAUCAAGUUAGUCGCGCGGCCUCAUUGAUACUCUCAUCUCUGAAUUUCAUCCAUGCAUUGAGAACUGAAACAUUGGAACCUGAUGUAUUUAGGGGAACUCCUCUUGACAUGUCACAGUUUCAACGUAUGUUUGGAACAGCUCGUUUACCAACCGAAAAUGGUUGUAAAAUGGAAACAGACCACAAAUCUAAACAUAUUGUUAUUUUAUGUCGUGGUCAAUUUUAUUGGUUUGAUGUUUUAAAUGAGAAUAAUAAUGUUGGAAUUACAGAAAAAGAGCUAGUUGCCAAUCUCAAAACAAUAAAACAGGAUGCCAUUGGUUUACCAAUUGUAGAAGUAGCGAAACAAGCAGUAGGAAUUCUCUCCACUGAAAAUCGUAGGAUUUGGGCUGAUCUGAGAGAUAUGCUAGAAAAGUCUUCAGAAAAUAAAGAUUUUUUAAAAGUGCUUGAUUCUGCAUUAUUUGUUGUUUGUUUGGAUGAAGUAUCCCCUAAAACUGGUGAUGAACUAGCGACUAACAUGCUUUGUGGUACAUAUGAUGUACAAGAAGGAGUACAAAUUGGCACCUGUGCUAAUCGGUGGUACGAUAAAUUGCAAAUAAUUGUGUGUGAAAAUGGUUCUGCCGGUGUAAAUUUCGAACAUACAGGUGUUGACGGUCAUACUGUUCUACGUUUCGUUUCUGAUAUCUACACCGAUACAAUAUUACGCUUUGCAUCGACCAUUAAAAGUCAUCAGAAGUCAUUGUUUCAUUCAAUUCCUGGAAAUUCAAAUGAUGCUAAAUAUUCAAAUGGUAUUAGCACUAUUGAUAUUAUGCCAAAAAAACUUGAAUGGAUUUUAUCCCCUGAAGUGCGCGCUGGAAUUAGAUUUGCUGAAACGAGAUUAAGUGAUCUUAUUCUGCAAAAUGAGGUUCAAGUUCUUGAGUUUGAAAAAUAUGGAAAGAGUUUUAUUACAAGUUGUAAUAUGAGUCCGGAUGCAUUUGUACAAAUCGCUUUUCAAGCUGCGUAUUAUGGUUUAUAUGGAUCAAUUGAAUCUACAUACGAACCUGCUAUGACCAAAGCAUUCUUCCAUGGUCGUACAGAAGCAAUUCGUUCCGUAACGACAGGUUCUGUCGAUUUUGUUAAGCUUUGGUGGGCUGAUGGGCCUGACUCUGAAAAACUCAAAUCUCUCCGAAAGGCAAUUAAGGCUCACGCGGAUCUGACAAAAAUGUGUGCAAAGGGUUUUGGUCAAGAUAGACAUUUAUAUGCAUUGUUAUGUGUUUGGAAAAGGGAAAAUCCUAAUAGUGAAGAAAAGAUGCCUGCAAUAUUUAAAGAUUCUGGUUGGGUAACAUUGAAUCACACUGUUCUUAGCACAAGUAAUUGUGGGAAUCCGGCAUUAAGAUUUUUCGGAUUUGGUCCUGUAGUUUCUGAUGGGUUCGGACUUGGUUAUAUUAUUAAAGAUGAAGGAAUUGCUUUUUGUGCAUCUUCUAAACAUAGACAGACGCGUCGUUUCCUUCAAACUCUGGAGAAUUAUCUUAACGAUAUACAUUUAUUGCUCCGCUCUGAAAAACAAGCACCUGAUGUUUCUAAUUCUAGAUAUGAAGAAGAACGCAUAAGCAUGCUUUCAGGGUACGGCUACUUUGAUGCUGGUGGUAUCGAUCAAUUACUUGAGCAUCGGAUGGAAGAAAAGAGAGGAG